AUGGCUGAUGAGAAGCCAGCGGAACCUCAUGGCGACACCCUCCGUCAGGCGGUCCAGCAAGAAUUGGCAGACAAGCUGCGCUCUCAUCAAGAUCACGUUGCCGCUAUCACCGGGCAGCAGUAUGGUGUUCGGCGUGCUAGUCAUGCGUCUGCUGCCACCGCCUUGGGAUCGAUAGACAGCGGGUUUGCUUCGGAAUCACCUGGCGGUCGUCGUGAUGCUAUUUCUUCGCCAGCGCAGGACAACUUGUCGCCAUACACGGCAGCUCCAAUGGCAACUGCUGCGGCGCCUCCGCUGGCCAUAAAUCCUGACAAUAACAUGGCAGAGGAGCAGGAUCUGGAACCUGAUGAGAUUGAUAGCGACUCUGCUUUGGGAAGCGAUACAACAAGCAUUACGACCAGCUUAUCGGAAAGCAUAUACAACUAUCGCAAGGAACAUGGCCGAACAUAUCAUGCUUACAAAGAUGGCAAAUACAUCUUCCCCAACGACGAAAGGGAGAACGAUCGACUCGAUCUGCAACAUCAUCUGUUGCGGAUAACCUACGCCAACCGACUUUUCUUCUCGCCUCUGGGCAAGCCGAAGCGAUGUCUCGAUGUCGGCACAGGGACUGGAAUCUGGGCGAUUGACUUUGCUGAUGAGUUCCCUGAAUGUGAAGUCCUCGGCAUUGAUUUGAGUCCUGGCCAGCCUACGUUGGUGCCUCCGAACGUCAAGUUUGUGGUGGACGAUGCAGAGGAUUUGUGGCUGUACGAUGAGAAAUUCGACUUUGUCCAUGUUCGUUUGAUGUCGGGCUGUUUUUCGGAUUGGCCCAACUUUAUACGACAAGCCUAUGAGUGA